GCCCGCUCAGACAGCGGUCACGAUGGCGCGUCUUCACGUCGCCCUGGCCUUCGCAGGCGUUCUGCUCGCCGUCUGCGCGGAGAUGGUCUCCGCCAGUUUCGCCGCCCCGGCGGUGCUCGACGUCGACUCUCCGAUGCGGGACGAGGCCGCCUUCCAGGACACCAUGCGCUGCAUCUUUGGCAGUGAUGACUAUCAAGUCUGCGGCUCCAACACAGUCACCAUUAAAUAUACCAUGUGGCGGCUAUUGCAGAAAGGGUGCAACAGCUGUACGGACGACGAGCUGAAGGUGUACAGGUUCAUGGCGUACCUGUCCAACAACAGACCGAAUGAGUGGCAGCGGGUCCUGAACCAGUACGACCCACAGGGCGAAUUCAAGAGGAAGAACGGCGCACAGUGGAAACAAUACGGCGUCGCUGUGUAAUGCUCUUGUAUAUAGUACAAACUGUAGAUCUGUGCACGACAAUAAAAUCGUUACUUACUUAAA